GUUGACACAGGUGGUGGCGGGAGUGAGGGUUUGAGGUUUUGUGGGUUGGCUUGUGGUGAGUUGGAUUGGAUUGGUUAGUGCGGCUGCAGAAGCGUUGGGUGGUUGGGUUGGAGACGGUUGAGGUGGUGGGUGAGUAGAAGGAGUACUUGACGGUGGAGUUGCCUGCGCCUAGGACUGCUGGGUGUGCAUACGCUGCGGAGGGCGGCUUGAAUGCAGAGCAGGGACGUUGUGCGCACUUCGACAAGUGUCCGGGAUCACACUUGACGCCUUUGGUGCCCUUUGGUGAUGUUGGCUGACUUAUUGAAACGCAUUUGGCCUACCAAUUUGGCAUCCGCGCUUAAAAGGCCCCUUUGCAUGCGGCUCAGGAGGAGCCUGCCGUACAAACGGUAGCGGACUUGCGUAUUUUGCGCUUCCCGUAUUGUAUGCUCGUGCUACGACUUGCGAUCUGGUAUAGGCCGUUGGUGCUAGCUGUGCGCUGCUCAUGGGCGCACUAUCCUAUAAGUAUGGUGAUCUUGUAGAGUUUCCCGCGCUUUAGCAAGCGUAUCGAUGCCAACGGUUUCAAGCGCUAUCACCCUGUGCAAGCUUUGAUACAUAACAAAUGUAAUCAGUAGUCUAGAAUAUACGCCCUACUUUCCAGACAUGGCGUCAAAGUUUAAGCAGAAGCAGCAGGCUAAGAGGGAGGGACUCUGUCGAAAAUUGGUUUCUUCCUUUCUGCCAGGGCUUGAGGCAUCGGACCCUACAAACUUUGACCUCGCCUUCAGCUUUGUAGCCCAAAACCUUGCCGAGCCAGCACUAGAUGUCAACCCGCGGGAUGCUGUGGAUUGGUUCGGCAGCCUCGCCCGGCGGUGCGAUGAGGACUCCCAGUCCGCCAAGGCCGCCCGGCUGCGGCAGCUGGUGGGGGAGCUGCUGCACAUGGGGCUCAAGGGCGACUACACGGACCCAGCGGCCCGCAUCCUGCACCUGCUCAUAGGCCUGGCUGGCAGGCCGCUGGACACAUCCGCGGAGGCAGCAGCGGAGGCGGCGGAGCGAGUACGGCAGGAGCGGCUAGCAGAGGAGGAGGCGGAGGCGGCGGCCAAGGCGGAAGCAGAAGCGGAGCUUCUAGCGCUGAUCCGGCAGCCGUUGGAGGGCCGCGAGGAUGAGGAUGAGGAGGAGUGGGGACAGGACGGGGGAUAUGGGUCAUCGUCUACGCUUAGCGACUGGUCUGCGGAAGACGAGGAGGCGGAAGGGGUUGGCGGCAGGGGCGCUGCUGUAGAGGACGAGGAGGAUCAGGAGGAGGACGGAGACAGCGCCAUGCAUCGCGCCGCCCUGCUGCCGCCGCUGACACGUCCGCAUGCCCCCCAGCCUGCGCAACCCCCACCCCAGGGCCCUCACCGCUCUCUAGCACCCACAGCACCCGCAGCAGCUUCCUCAGCAGCAGUGGCCCCCGACCCACCCGCCAGCUGCGGCGCCCAGCGGCUGCGUCCCCCGCGUGAGGCCCCCCCGCCCGGCAGCCUGCGGUGGCGGCAGGUGGCUGCAGCGGGUCUGCCCCCGGGUCUGGCAGGCAGCUGCACCCCACUGGAGAGGGUGCUGCUGGGGCUGCUGGCGGCACUGCAGGGUCGCAGCAGUGAGCUCAUCUCGUGGGACCCGGUGACAUGCAGUUUCCUCCCCGCCGAGGACCUGCACCUCUCCGCCAACCUCACCUACGGUACCGUACACACAGCCGUACGACCGCUCCUCUCCGCCGCCACUGCCGUACGCCGCUUGCACGACUGGGUGCACACCUGCCUGCACUACCACCAAUCCCAACACCACCACCAACGCCAUCACAACCACCAUCACAACCGCAGCCAUAACCACAAGCACGGGGCAGCUACGGCUGCUGGGGGGACGCCGCUGCAGCCCAAGCGGGGGCCUGGGGGUGCUGCUGCGACAGUAGGAGUAGG